AUGAUCUCAUUCAACCUAGGCCAAGACGACGACUCAGACCCCGAUCUUGAAGAGCCGCCCAGCAAGGUCCAGUCUGUACACUUCAUGCGGCAAGGUGCCGACAUUUUCUUGGUUGUUACAUACCUUCAGGAUGGAAUUCGCUGUUUCAAUACCAAAACUCACGAACAAGCUUGGAUGAUUGAACCCAAAUCUGCCGGCAUUGGCAGAUCAGCUAUCGACAGUCAGGGACGAUACCUAGUAUGCUCGAACCUUGUCGACGGAUUUGAUGUCUACAACCUUUCACAACGGACCUACAUCGGAACUAUUCCAUUGGAUAUCCCAGAGGACAGAAAUGUCCCACUACCUGCUAAAUUUAUUCACAAGGAUUCAUAUGUGCUGCUGGGUUCGGCAUGUGGGGAAGUGGCAAUUGCCUCGAUUCCAGAGUGUCAAGUCGUUCGGACUCUACCCCAUGGGACGGAUAUCAUUCAAGCUAUUGAUCACACUACUAUUGGAAGUGCACACUAUAUCGUCACCGGCGCGGCGGAAAAAGGAGAAGAGACGGAUAUGAUGGUUUGGCUCAGUCACCCUGGAUCAUGUCACCCAGAAAUUCUAUUUGAACCCGACACACCCGACACACCUGAAACGCCGGAGGGCCAUGCCACAAUCUCUGAAGUCAAUGGCAGAACAAAGAGAGCUCGGUCGUCAGACACGCUCCGAGAAGAGGACGAUUGGGGUGUGUACGAGUCAGAUCAGGAGAGGGUUGCGAAGAAACGCCGAAACACGCGGUUCUCCAGUGGUCGAGAGGGAGAUGAGUCCGAGGGCACUAGGCGGGUUAAGAAGCGCCGGAGGCUUCUUCAGGUUCAGGAAAGCCCUAUGCCUGCUUCAGAUACGGACUCAACAUCAGAGCCAUCCUUGGAAGUUCGUACUCGCACUUCGGGUAUACGGAGGGGCAAACGGUUGCGGAAGCGGGACAAGGGGAAGAAAGGCAAGAGUGCCCUGAAUAUUUUGUCGCUUCAUAAUGGCUAA